CGCUCAGGCGCCCGCGCCGCUCGCCGCGGGGAUGGGGGGGCGGGCGCCGGGGGCGCGGGCAGCCGCCGGCCCGCAGCGCCCAGAGCCCGGACGGCGCCGAGCGCGGGAGCGCCGCCACCCACGGCCCGGCCAGGAGACCAGAAUCCGGACUGUCUGCCCCAAUCAAUCUGCAGUUGAAACUUCUCCUUCCAUUGUAAAGUAGGAGGCCCUGCUGCUUGGAAGUGCCGCUGUACGUGGGGACGCCGCAGGAGGAGAAGGGACCGAGGGCAGGGGACGGGUUAACGCAUAAAUAUGGCUGAUCUUUCAGAGCCAGAAGGUACUAUAAACUGGAAGGAAAGAUGUUUAACUCUGGAGACACAGUUAAUGAAGUUUCGUAUUCAGGCAAGCAAGAUCAGAGAGUUGUUAGCAGAAAAGAUGCAGCAGCUUGAGAGACAAGUUAUAGAUGCUGAUCGUCAAGCAGAGAGGGCUUUUCAGCAGGUGCAGGUUAUGGAAGAAAAAUUAAAAGCCGCUAAUGUUCAAACAAGUGAAUCAGAAACCAGAUUGUAUAAGAGAUGUCAAGAUCUGGAGAUGCUGAUACAAGAAAAAGAUGACACAAUACAAAAAUUGGAGCAACAACUUGAAGAACAGAAGCAAAUAAGACUGCAAGAAGCUAAAAUCAUAGAAGAAAAAGCAGCUAAAAUAAAAGAAUGGGUGACAGUCAAGCUCCAUGAGUUAGAAGUGGAAAAUCAGAACCUUCGCUUGAUGAACCAAAAGCAAACCAAAGAGAUGAAAACAGUACAAUCUAAACUGCAAGAAGCUGCGAGCAAGAAAUUGGUUACUUCAACACAAAAACCUGGAGAAGGUCAGCGACUAAGCGGUUUGACUUUUGGAUGCUUUUCAAACCGAGCAAAAAGUCCUCAAUCAUCUCCUAAAUCUGAAGAAAUAAGCAAGUUGUCAUCUAAAGAGUCAGAGUACACUGAAGGCAAAAACAUGCUAGAGAAGGAUAUCCUGGAAACUACCUUUGCUCGUCCUGCACAUGACAGCAAUAAAGGUCAGAAGUCAUUGCCACAAAGUUCCUCUGGAUCAGAGCAGAAUAAAAAUGUGAGAGUGAGCUAUUCGUCAAAAGAUGUAGACAGUGACAUGUCAAAGAACUCCUGCACUACUGGCAGUGACUGGAGCUCAGAUGAGGAUGGAGGAGACAAUAAAGGACUAAAGUCCAGGUGUGCAUCAACUCUCUCAAGCCACACAUCUGAAGAGAACACAAGGUACAGCAGAGUGGGGAGCGAAAUGUAUUUGACAGCAUCUGAUGACAGCAGUUCUCUGUUUGAAGAAGAGAGCUUUGGUGUCCAAAGGACUCAGCACAAAAAGUUGUACUCCUGGCAGCAAGGGUCCCAGAGAAAAGGUCAGAACAAUCCAGCUGGAAAGUGCAACUCCGACCUAAGUAAAAAGAAAGACCAAGAUAGCUCUUCAGAUGAACUGAAUAAGAAAUUCCAAUCUCAGAGACUAGAUUAUUCGUCCUCAUCCAGUGAGGCAAAUACCCCAAGUCCAAUUUUAACCCCUGCUCUAACACCUAAACACCCAAUUCUAGCAACUUCUGCAGGUUCUCCAUGCAUAACACCAUCAGAAUCUCCCUCAAAUUUGCCACCUCCAAAGUUACGGACUCCCAAUGUGUUUAGUAUAAAUUUAGCACUGGCAAAAAAGCAUUUAAGCCAGCCCCAGCUGAGUUCUGACAGGAUGUUUGGUAGAAAUAGAAAUGCUAUAAGCAUGAUACGUCCAUGGAGACCUCAGGAAACAGACAUUGAUCUGGUGGAUGGAGAAGAUACAGAUAUUUUAGAGAAAAUGGAGAUUGGUUGUGACGAAGGAGUGUUCACCUAUGAUUGCACGGAAAUGCAGAAUGCUGAAGCCCAGGAACCUUGUGAUGUGACAAAAAAGACUGCUAGCAACAAACCUCCAACCCCACCAUUGCAUCGAUUUCCCUCCUGGGAAAGCAGAAUUUAUGCUGUAGCCAAAUCUGGCUUAAGGGUGUCUGAAGCUUUCACCAUGGAAUCUCUUAGCAAAAGUGCUGUUUCACUAACUUCAUAUUCCAUAUCUGGAUUAUAUACAUCUCUGAUAUAUAAGAACAUGACCACUCCUGUCUACACAACUUUGAAAGGGAAGGCAACUCAAAUAAGCAACAGCCCAUUCAUAGAUGAAUCUUCAGGAUCUGAGGAAGAAGACAGCUCUCGGUCCAGCUCAAGGACUUCUGAGUCCGAUUCUCGAAGCAGAAGUGGCCCAGGUAGUCCUCGGGCUAUGAAACGAGGUGUAUCUCUGUCUUCUAUGACCUCAGAAGGUGACUAUGCUAUUCCUCCAGAUGCAUAUUCAAUAGAUACAGACUAUUCAGAGCCAGAGCAGAAACUUCCUAAAACUUCUUCCUCAUCUAGCGAUAACGGAAAAAACGAACCUUUGGAAAAAUCUGGAUAUCUGUUAAAAAUGGGUGGUAAAGUAAAGACCUGGAAACGACGGUGGUUUGUGCUUAAAGGAGGUGAAUUACUAUACUACAAAUCUCCAAGUGACGUAAUUCGAAAACCUCAAGGUCAAAUUGAGCUAAAUGCAUCUAGCCACAUUGAAAGGGGUGAUGGAAAACAAACAAUUCAGUUGACCACAGAAAAACGAACAUACUACCUGACUGCAGAUUCUCCAAACAUCUUAGAAGAAUGGAUCCAAGUACUACAGAAUGUUCUUAAAAUACAGGCUGCUAGUCCCCUUUUCAUACAGCCUGAAAUCAAGCCAACCAUGAAAGGAUUACUUACCAAGGUGAAACAUGGAUACUCCAAAAGGGUUUGGUGUACCCUAGUUGGAAAAAUUCUUUAUUAUUUCCGUAAUCAAGAAGACAAGACUUACUGCAUUAAUUGGAUAGAGAAGCAGACCUGCAAAUGGAAUUACAGUUUUGCUCACUCUUGGACUUCGGCACAUAUCAUUCUGCUUCUGCUGUUUAUAACAGCUGGUUUAUCUGGCAUUCCUUGGCAGGACGUAAAUAAAUAUAAAUGGGUAUUGAUGUUUCCUCUUGGUCAAAUCAAGCUUUGGGAGGCUAAGGUUGAAGAAGUUGAUAGAUCAUGUGAUUCCGAUGAAGAUUAUGAGGCUAGUGGCCGCAGUUUAUUAUCAACACAUUACACUGUUGUUAUCCAUCCCAAAGAUCAAGGACCCACUUAUCUUCUUAUAGGUUCUAAACAUGAGAAGGACACAUGGCUUUAUCAUCUGACAGUUGCAGCUGGAAGUACCAGUGCAAAUGUUGGAUCUGAGUUUGAACAACUUGUUUGCAAAUUAUUAAAUACGGAAGGUGAUAACACUUCUCAGAUUUGGAGACAUCCUACCCUUUGCCACAGCAAAGAAGGAAUUGCUUCCCCUCUUACAACGUUACCAUCAGAGGCCUUGCAAACUGAAGCAAUUAAAUUAUUUAAGACCUGCCAGUUGUUUAUAAAUGCUGCAGUUGACUCUCCUGCCAUUGAUUACCACGUAUCUUUGGCCCAAAGUGCUUUGCAGAUCUGCCUCACACAUCCUGAACUUCAGAAUGAGAUCUGUUGCCAGCUUAUUAAACAGACUAGACGUCGACAUCCACAAAACCAGGCAGGACCAAUACAGGGCUUGCAGCUCUUGGCUCUCUGCGUUGGACUCUUUCUCCCCCAGCACCCAUUCCUUUGGCUUCUUAAACUUCAUUUAAAGAAGAACGCAGAUUCCAGGACUGAGUUUGGGAAAUACGCAAUAUAUUGUCAGCGCUGUGUAGAGCGUACCCAGCAGAACGGAGACCGAGAAGCCAGACCUUCCAGAAUGGAAAUCCUUUCAACCCUUCUGAGAAAUCCCUAUCACCAUUCCCUGCCCUUUAGCAUUCCAGUUCAUUUCAUGAAUGGUAUAUAUCAGGUUGUUGGCUUUGAUGCCUCAACCACAGUGGAGGAAUUUCUGAACACCCUGAACCAGGAUACAGGAAUGAGGAAACCAGCUCAGUCAGGAUUUGCACUGUUUUCUGAUGAUCCCUCUGGCAAGGAUAUAGAGCACUGUCUUCAAGGGAACAUCAAGAUCUGUGACAUUAUUUCAAAAUGGGAGCAAGCCUCCAAAGAACAACAUCCUGGGAAAUGUGAAGGCACAAGGACCGUCCGCCUUACUUAUAAAAAUAGGCUCUACUUUGCAGUUCAAGUCCAUGGGGAGACAGACAGAGAGAAGCUGCUGUUAGUAUAUCAGACAAAUGAUCAAAUAGUCAAUGGACUUUUCCCUGUAAACAAAGAACUGGCAAUGGAAUUGACAGCCCUUCUAGCACAGAUAGAGAUUGGAGAUUUUGAAAGGCCUUUCUCAACUCCAGCAGGGCAGGUCACUUCCCAAUCCAAGUCCAGUCAAACAUUAAAACAAGUUUUGGAGAGAUUCUAUCCUAAGAGAUAUAGGCAUGGUUGUUCAGAGGAACAAUUAAGACAGCUUUGUCAGCGAUUGUCUACAAGAUGGAUGGCUCUCAGGGGGCACAGUGCUGCAGACUGUGUGCGCAUUUAUCUCAGUGUAGCCAGAAAAUGGUCCUUCUUUGGUGCUAAAUUGUUUGCAGCAAAACCCAUAGCAACAUCCUCACUUGAGAAGUCUUUCAUAUGGUUUGCUGUACAUGAAGAUGGCAUAAGCAUCCUAGAUUACAGCUCUAUGCGAUUAACAGUUUCAUAUACAUAUAAGAGUCUGAUGACUUUUGGAGGCUAUCAAGAUGAUUUUAUGUUGGUUGUUAACAAUGCUCAGACAAAGGACAAAUCAACUGAAAAACUCCUUUUUGCCAUGACAAAACCAAAGAUUCUUGAGAUCACUCUACUGAUUGCCAGCUAUAUUAACAACUUUCAUCAGCAAAAAGGAGCUGCUCAUCAUCUCUCUGCUCCAGCACUACUGACACCUCAAAGUGGACAGAAACUCAAGGAAAUGGGGAGUCAGCCACUUCUCACAAACAACAGACCAACUAAAUGUCCCACUUUGUUAUGAAAGGAUUAGGUAUCGUGAUAAUGUGCCGUAUUUAUAUGGUUUCUAUACUGAUUGAACACUUUCUGGUGUGCAAGAUAUAGCAUAAGCAGGUCUAUAAACAAAAGAAAGGUGGAUAGGUUUACAUUCAUUUCAGUCAUAUGUAACAGAAGCCCUUAUUCAGUUAAAACCCUGGCCCAACCUGGAAUGAUGAUGAUGAGCCCGUUUCUGGAUUCUCCUUUAUUGCGGGUGGCUUGUCCCUACAGCUCAAAAAUAAAUGUGCCUGAUGCUAGUGAUGGGGAAAGGUGGCCUUAGGAACAAUUCUAUAGGUUUUAGUCAUUUUUGAAAUGUUUUCUCAGGGACCAAACCAUCUUCAACUCUUCAACUCUAUUUUUCAAAAUUAUACAAGUUGUAUAACCUUAACUAUGAAAAAGAAUUUUUGUUUUAAAAGAAAGCUUUAACACAGAAAGUUUUCCAUCUCCAGCACCCCUCCUUAUUUGCAAUACAAGCACCAUGGGACUAAAAAGAAUGAAUUAAUUUGUUUCUACAUUUUGGGUUUUUUUUAAGACAGAAACACAUCCUAUAACUAUCAUAAAUCUAAAGUGUAUUCUCAUGAAUACUUUUAGCCUUUGUUGUAAAGCUAUUUGCUUGGCAAAACUUCAGCCUUGGCCUGGUUAAUUUCUAAAUAAUCCCUCUCUGCCCUUAGCAUUUUGGAAAAAUCUAAAUUGGACAGGCAUUGUAUUUAGUAUAGUUUUAUUAAACAAGAACCCCUACCUAAUUUCUUCUUUAACCCAAAAUAAUAAUAUAAUCCAAAUACGAGAAUGACUCACAAUUCAAAACAAGAACACAGAAAGCCAUUGUUUGAAUUGCUGUGUGUAAUCUUGGAGAUAUAAGUGACAUAUAAUAUCUGAUGUGUAUAAUGUAUAUACAAUGAUUCAGAAUAAUAUUUUGUAAAAGUUGUA